UUGAACGCAGUUUAAUUUUCGGUCAACUUAUUUUACUUUCCUUCAACUUUACCUUCGUUCUGAUCAACUGAACGUAUAUCUAAUGCGUGCUAACACUGCUAACUCGAAUUGUAUUUAGUAACAAAUGAUGUGAUUGGUGGACAGCUAAAGAGUGUAUCACAUGUCAUAAUAAAAAUCUAACCUAAUUAUAAUCAACGCAUGGUUUUUCGUCGUCAAUCAGUUAUUUUGACAACAAAUUGUUAUCGUUGUAUGUUAAAAAGUCUUGUUGCUGAUAUAUAUAGAUCAGUAUAAUUAUUCAAAUAUUGUAUCAAAUAUUGGAAUAUAUAAACACAGAUAAUCGACAAGCAAGAGCAAUUUCUAGAAAGUCUCUUUAUAAAAAUAGAUAUACAUGUACAAAUGGACCAAGCAAAUAAAAAAGAAAGAACCAAAAAUUUUAGUGAAUCUGAAAAAAUGCUUCUUAUCGAAUUAAUACAAGAAAGAUGUAAAAUAUUAGAAAAUAAAACAACAAAUAGUAUUUCUAUGAAAGAAAAAGAAGAUUGUUGGGAGAAUUUGUGAAUAAAUUUUAUGUCUCGUUCUAAAGGAGUUGUACAAACUGUACAGUCUCUAAAAACAUGUUGGGAAAAUAUAAAGAAAAGAACAAAAAAACAAUUUGCUGAGGAGAAACAGGCAAUUUAUAAAACAGGUGGAGGACAAUAUAAGGCUAUAAGUGAUCCAAUAGCUGAACAAGUCCGAGAAAUAAUAAGACCGGCAGUAGAAGGCCUAUCGAAUGAUUUAGAUAGUGAUUGCAUUGCAGGAUUUGAUAACGAUGUUGAAGCAUUUGAUGAAGAAUGGCUACGUAAAGCAAGUGAAAAUGUUAUAGAAAUAACCGAAGAUAAUAUAGAAGAUGAGACUGAUGGCAAAAAAGACAAUGAUGAAUCUGAUAAGGAGGAAGACGUAUUAAACGUGCUGGAAGAUUUAAAUUAGGAUCUUCAGGUGGCUCUUCAUCUCCAUUUUGACGAGCAACAUUGUGUAAAACAGCAG